AUGAUGUCCCAACCCAUGCGGGACCCCAUCGCCAUCGCCGUCGGCGACGACGACCUGUUCGUCAUGGCGAGCAGGCCCGGCCCGCGGCCCCAGAUGGGAUGCUUCCAGGCCCUCCUCCGGGACAGCAAUUCGUCCUCGUCCUUCAAGAAAUGGCGCUGGAUCUACCUCCAGCCACCGCCCUUCACCUGGCGCUGCGAAUAUGACCAUCAUCCGAUCUGCUGCUGCUGCCGCUACCACGACAGCGACGGCUUGCCGGGCACUGAGUUCCAAGACGCCGUUGCAAUCUGCGCCCACACGAUGGUCGGCGACUCGCAGAUCUGGAUAUCCACGCCAGCCGCCGGCACGUAUACCUUGGACACGGAGAGCGGCGCGUGGAGCAAGGCCGGCGACUGGGCGCUGCCGUUCAGAGGCCGCGCGGUGUACGUCCCCGACGACGACCUCUGGUUUGGCUUUUCGCCGGACUACGAGCAGCUCUGCGCGUUUGACCUGACCGCCAUGUCGACGGCGACGGCGCCGGCCGUGCCGCUGAUGGCGUGGGACGAUCUGGCCUGGACGGAGAGCUGGGUCCCGACGGCCGGACGUAUCGUGCCGCUGGGCUCUGGCAGGUUCUGCGUCGCCAGGUUCUUCUAUACCUGGGUGAACCAAUUGAUCACGUUCGCCAGCGGGCUCACCUAUGAUAACCACACCACGACGAAUCUUGCGGUGCUCACCGGCGUGGAGGUGGAGCGCGGUGGCGCGCACCGGCUGGGAAGGAUGGUCCGGCACAAGUCCAAGCGUUACGACCUUGGCUGCAACGUCGCCAAAGCCCUGUGA